AUGACAGACACCUUCCCGACUCUAACAACAACGCCAAAACGGAAGAGAGAUGACGAAGAACCACACCCAUCGCCGAUACACACUACCGCACAAUUCUCCUUCCAGCUUCCCGAGGCUAAGAGCGACGAGGAUGGGAGCGCAAGCCCACGCAGCAAAGUGGUGCACAAGUUCCGUGGUCUGGCGCUGGGUGGUGGGGGCGGGGUAGCCCAGCAACAGAGCAACAGCCAACAGCGCCAGGGCCCGUAUGACCCGACUCGCGACGUCGGCGAUGACGGGCUCUACAGCGACGACCCGUUCGCGAGUCGUAAGAGAAUGAAGGUACCAGAGCUGGAGAUGAAGGACGCCGACGCAGCCGAUGCCGCUGAGCCAGCUCCCGUUCCAGAUCCUGACAUUAAGAGCGACCCGGAACUCGUUUCAACGCCAAGUGUGGUUGGGCCUGAUGCGGCGGCUGUAGACACGAAUGAUCAACUCAUCACGGCAACUACUGCUACAGCGGCAACCGCGGAUACUACUACAAGUACACAACGGUCACUUCCUUUUCUCAACCGAAUACAAAACUCGAAAUCUGCAGCACGGAGACGAGCCGGGACACCCCCUCUCAAGGGUCGUAAGGGCAAGGUUGCCGCGGAUACAAGUACACCAACAGAAGAAGACGGAAAGAUGGAGAUUGUUGAUCCAGUCAGAGCUGCGCUGACAUGGAAAGAGGAGGAAAUUACGAUUUACGACCCCGACGACGAGGACGACGACGGCACUGGUAUUAACGGUGUCGGGUUUAUGCCAACGGCCGCGAUGGCGUACGCACGCACACAGAAGCGCCGGCUGCAGCUGGCCGAGUACAAGAAACGGGAAGAGAGCGAGGCUAGAGCUCGGCGGAACCAACGUCGACGAGGCAGCGGUGCGGGAUUGGGCGCCAAGGUUGAUUCAAAGCCGGCACCUGGCAGUGGUGUGCGAAAAGUGCGGUUUAUGGAGUCGGAACCAAAUACGAUUGUGACGAAUGGAUGA